AGCAACUGGGAGCCCUACCUCUGCGCGCACUGCGACCGCAGCUUCAUGUCCAAGAAGAAAAUCCGGCGUCACCUGCGGACCCACACGGGCGAGCGGCCCUACAAGUGCGGCGUGUGCCAGAAGACUUUCAAACGGCACUACCACCUGAAC